CGACACGCCGCGUCGCCAGUCCUUUCUGGUGCGCGCGUGAGGAGAGUGUCUCUCUCUCGCGCGGCAGCGAGAGAGACAGAACGGUCCAUUGAUCCGCCGCUUCGUGAGACCCGCUCGUUCAGCGUGAUCUAGAUCACGAUCACCGAAUCGGACUUGCUCUGGGGGACGGAUCCAGUGCGCGUCGAGUGAAAUCGCGUUCGUGCCGGAGAAUCGCGAUUCCUCAGCAGUCAGUGGUGUUGUUUCUUCGGUGAUGAGUCUCGUGGACAUAUGCUUCUCACUGGGGACAACAGACGAGUGAAUCGCCCGGGUGGAAUUUUCUGAUUACACCCGUUCUAUGCGAAGGCGUGAUUUCAAAAGACUACAGUGAUCGAAUGUUCUCUCUUGGAAGAUCAGAUUAUUAGCAGCUUGCACCAGAGAUCAUCUAGUGCUUGAAUCAAUGCUGAUUCUCAGCUGUUCGGGACGCCCAGUGUUCGAAAACGAAAAUGUAAAAAUGCGACAGUCAGGAAGGAUUAUCUCUAUCGCUCCGUUACUUCAUUUAAAAAAGUGAAGAGAGGCAUUGUAAUUAUUGCACACGUACAGAUAAACGUUAUUAAAUCGUCAAGUGGCAUUUGAGAAGGUGGGAAUUCGAAGGUGGAAACGGUUUGAAGACAUUUGGUGAGGAGAGAGCGUCGCGACGAGAGGCGUCGAUGGGGUUCAAGGAGAGCGAGGGAGACGCUCGUUAAGGCGCCUCUAAUAAUAGUAGCGCGCUCGCGAGUGUACCAAGCGGUCUAUAAAUACGAUCGCUGGCCCCGUGGAAACACGAGCCCGUGGAUUUCACGGUGCAACCUGUGUGCCGACAGUGAGAGCGAGACAGGAAGAAAGAGCAGGGAGUCGGAAAAAAGUCGCUGUGCGGGAGUGGCUGGCAAACGGACGGACCGGACCUCUAUCGCGGAUCAAUUUGCCGAAAGUGUCCACGACGGGAAUGAUCUAACGACUGUGCGAGUUCACCGAGCAUUUCCAGGAAUGAUCGUGAGCCGAUCGAGCCAAAACUGCAAGCGUGACUCGACUGCGGACGAAGCGAGGAUCAUCGCCCGGAUGAUUUGAUCUUCCACUUUUGGAAUCUCUGUGAUCUCUUACCCGGAAAUUAUACUUUUGCUCAUUGAACAACAAUAUCCUAGCGGAACACCGAUCCGAAGUCCAAGAAAAGAUAUUCGAAGAAAUUCCAAUAUCUUUUCUCAGCGAAGAGAAGAAUCGACGAUUUCUUCUUGCUUUUUGGAUUUUUGAAGAUUUGAUUUACAUCAGAUCGCAGAGACUAACGAGUGCGAUUCAGGGACAAGUAAGGAUCUGUGACUUGGAUCUGCUAAUCGGUUGGCCGUCGGCACGAAGUUAAUCACACAAGACUGAUACCGGAGAGGAUCUCAUUUGUUUCGUAGGAUUUUUCCACUUUCGACUGUGACGUUCGCCGAUCAGCUGGUGGAAUCCAAAAAUAUCGCACGCUGGUCGCGAAAAUUUUACGCGAUCCUCGCUCGGACAAGACAAUCGACGAGAACGAUCUGUCGAACGGACAGCCAAGCGCAACGUUGCGGACCGAUAAGUGAUGUUUUGGAGAGAUGUACGAUCAUCUCGGUACAAUCGUCGACAGUUCGUCGAACGGAAUGUAAAGGGGCUUCUUCACAGUGCUUUCUCGCCUCGAGCUUCACGUAGUAUAGUGCAACGCCUACGAAUUUAUCUGUCCAAUUGUUUAAAUUAAUUGAAUAUAGUUUUUAAUUGAUGACUAUGACGGAUGAUGGUACACGAACGAGCGUUUGAAAAAAACUGAGUGCAUGCAGACGAGAUAGGUAAAGUCUACGCGUAAAACUGAUCAGUUUUGACAAAUGAUGCGAUAAGUGUGCCAUCGGAUUACUGUCAGUACACAGAUUGGACGACUUUAAUUAUUUGCCUCAUUAUGCGGACUUGAUCGCUCGCCGUCUUUUAACGCAUUGCGCAGGAAUCGCGAUUAUAGCAAAACUUAUCUAGUCUGAGUUGACGGAUUGCCGUGUCUUUUUAGACUAUAGUUAUAGAACGUUAAUUUUAUUCUAAUUAAGAAAAAGAGAGUUUAAUCGAUCAAAUUUGACGAUAAUCUACAUCGGAUCAAAAUUCUUCCCCUGGACGACGUUUCGCGUCAAGCAUUGAAUCGUUGAUCGGCGCGUCGCGCGAGAUGAUCUCGUUCGGGCAUCCCAACGAUCCACAGUGAUCCCCGCACAGGGCUCACCUCGCGGAAGAUGAGUGGCGAGUGAAAAGGACUUUCAUCGCGUAGCGUCGGAUCGGAGAACCCGUGAGCGGCGACGCGGUCCGUCGCGGUCGCAAACGCGAAGCGGGUAGGACGAUCGCGUCACAACGGUGGAGGGCGGCGGUGCCGUGCGGGGGUCGUCGUGGACCCCGGAGAUGACGCAGCCAUGAUGGCCUACGGGGGCACAGCUGGUAACGGAGGCGCGAUGGGCCCGUCGUCCGGCGGCGGUGGUGGCGGCGGCGGCGGUGGCGCGGACGUCCUGGGUACCGCCGCCAGCGAUUACAGCCCUCAGAGCACGCCCACGCCCUUGACCGGGCACUCGACGACGGGUGGCACGGUGGAAAACGCUUACACGCCCGGCACGACCGGGACGGCCAGCUACAGCCCGCAGGACAGCCCGGCGAGUUCCGCCGGGGGCAGCGGUAACGGCCAGCUGCCGAGUUUCGGCUUCACGCAGGAGCAAGUCGCGUGUGUCUGCGAGGCGAUGGUGUCGAAUGUCCAGGUUCUCCAGCAGGCAGGCUCCGUGGAGAGGCUCAGCCGAUUUCUAUGGUCUCUGCCGGCGUGCACCAGGUUGCACCGGCAUGAGAGUGUGCUCAAGGCCAAGGCGAUUGUCGCCUUUCAUCGGGGCCAAUUCAAGGAGCUCUACAGGAUCCUGGAGAGCCACACCUUCAGCCCGAACAAUCAUCCGAAGCUGCAGGCUCUCUGGCUCAAGGCCCACUACAUCGAGGCCGAGAGGCUGCGCGGAAGGCCCCUUGGCGCCGUUGGAAAGUAUCGGGUGCGCCGUAAGUUUCCGCUACCGCGCACGAUCUGGGACGGCGAGGAGACGUCUUACUGCUUCAAAGAGAAAUCGAGGAGCGUCCUGAGGGAUUGGUACGCCACCAAUCCGUAUCCGUCGCCGCGCGAAAAGCGAGAAUUGGCGGAGAGCACCGGCCUUACCACCACGCAAGUCAGUAAUUGGUUCAAAAACAGGAGACAGAGAGAUCGUGCCGCCGAGCAUAGGCCGCUUUGCGGUUUCAGUGGUCAGAGGGAGGAUAAGACCCACGGCGGGGGUCUUGGGGACUCCAGCAGCGAGAGUGGCGACGAGACGAAGCGGCAAUCCGGCCAGCAGCAGCAGCAGCAGCAACAACCGUCUUCCUGCGCGGUUCAGCAGCAACAGCAGCAGCAGCAACAAAUGGUGGAUCAUCAACAAACCUCCGGCAUGUACCAACUUCCGCCACCAUCUUCCGUCUCAGUUUCCAGCCCGCACUCGUAUCAUCAAGGCCACGGCUCGUCCUUGAGCCACCCGCACAUGCAGCACGACACGAGCAGCGAGAGCGGCGAUGACAAGAGGCAUCUCCAACAUCAGCUGCAGCAUCAUCUCCAGGUCGGCACCCACAGCGCCCAUGGUUUGGUCCAUCCUACCGUCACCUUGCCACCACCACCGCCUAGCUGCGCUCAACAGAAAAGUCAGCUAGAUUACAUGCAAUACUAUCCGCAGGAUUAUUUAAUCGGCACGCCGACCUCCGCGGAUCUGCAGAAGUCCUUGCCGCACACGGCGACGUCAAUGCAGAUGGGUGCGAUCGCUCCUUCCAUGGGCGGGCUGAGCCCGAUGGGACCGUCGACGAUGCUGUCCAACACCAUGCAGGGCGUCAACACCAUGAACACCAUGUCGAUGAACGGCAUGGGCAUGGGCGCUUAUCAAAGCAUGGGCUCCAUGGGGAUGUCCACGUCGCACGCGAGUUACCAUAGCGGCCUCGUGCUGGGCGAAUACCAUUCGUUGUGACCUUGGGCUCCAAGCACUCAGAGCAAGAGGAGCCAAGAGAAAACUUAAUACACAUUGGCGGGACGCAAGACGAUCGAUCAAGGUACUCGAGUAGCUUGCCGAAAUUCGGAUUGCCAAUAAAUUAUUACCGCUGACUAAAAAUAAAGAUCAGUUAAAAUUUAUUUAAUACGUCGUUGGUUAAUAAAGAUUAACCUGGAACAAUUUUAUAAAUUUACCAGUUGCUUUUAAUUAUUGAAUAAUGCGAAUUUUAUUUCCGUUGAAAAUAUCUUUUUCAUCGCGACGAUAAUUUCUUGGCGAUCCGAUAAUGUCCAGAUAAGCGGGGAGGAAAGCCUUCUGCGGAUAUAUUGUUGCAUCCUCCUUCAGCUUUUCUCGGUGUAACGUUUAGAGCGUAUGAAGAGCGUCAAAUAGUCGUAUGUCAAAUCGUCGCGUCUACUCCGGCAUUUAAAACAUUUUUUUAAUUCUUUGAAUAAAAUUUUUUCGGGGUAAGAAUAUAUCAGGAAACUGUACCUUAUAUGGCCUACCCAAGCUACGCAAUUUUUUUUUCUAAUUUUUUUUGCUGAGUUAAAAAUCAAAAACUGAUUUAAAAUAGGAAACAUUUCUAAACGUUAUCUAAUUUAAAAUAUGGGACAAUUUCGAAAACUCUUUCCUCCUCUUAUCAAAAAAAUUCUAUUUUGAUCUCGCUGUCAGCAACAAAAUACACAAACUGAACAGUCAAUUGUUACAAACAAAUCAUGUUGACAGCCUAGCGUUAUUUGUUCAGUUCACCGUGUAACUACUUAGAAAUAGCAAGUAAGCCAUAUUGGGUACUGGGCCAUACAGAGUACACUUACCUUAUGAUUAGAUUCCAGAAAGUAACUCAAACGCAUUGCAUAAAAAAACUUUAUAUUUUUUUAUAUUUAUUUUUUUUAUCAAAUAACGCUAAUUUAAACUUGAAAAAUAGAAAAAUACAUAUUUACUUAAAAUUGUUCCCAUUAAUUUCUAGACCAAAAAUGUGUUUGUUUAUCUACCCGUUCUUCAAAUAUAUUUUCUCGUAGAAAAAUAAUCUUACCCCAAGAAUAUCUAUGAAAAAUCAAAGGAUGCCGAAGCGACGAUGACGUUUCCGAACGAAAUAGCAAAAGACAUAUUAGCAUUUUACUUUCUCAGUUCGUACACUCUCGCGGCAAGCCGGCUAGACCGGCUUGUGUUUACCACUAUUUCCAUAAGUAAACAACGGGCGAAAAAUCUCGCCAGCUUUUCUGUCCCAUCACCAUACUUGGCGCCGUACUUUUCUGAUUUUUGCCCGAGCGGAAUAAAUUGCACGAUGAAGCAACGUUUCUUUUUUUUUUUUACGCGAAGUGCACGCGAAAUAUGAGCGAAUGCAACUUACUCCCUUGCCCCCACCCCUCUCCUUCACUUUAUAUACAUAAAUUCGAUCAGCUAAUUAAUUUACUGUAGCCAACUAUACGCUCCUCUUACACCAUACGCUUUUGUGUUCUGUAUAUGUACAUAUGUAUAAUACACACGGCAUUCGGCAUAUUACUAAGUUAAUCUCGUUCUUGUUCGCUGCCUACCGGGUGUUCCCAUCACUGAUUUGGAUUUCAUGACAACGAUUACAAUUUCAUGACAACGAUUAAAAAAUAAUUAAUCAUAUUUUUCACGGGAAAAUAGCUCGACUUCUUUAAUUUAAUUUUUCUUAGCUUAUAUUAUACUUUUCAUAGCAUUUUAUUACAUCCUUAAAAAAAUUUUAUCAUAUCCUAUAUGUAUAACAGUAAAAUAGAGUGCUCUCCAAUUGCAAUAUCUCUAGGCACUUGUGCGCACGACGACCCAAGUUGUGUUCCAAUUGUAAUCGGCGAAAUACAUCAUACAUCCGUACCUAAUUCAAGGGUUACUAUUCACCUGUGUAAACUUGUGUUUCUAAUGUUUUCAAUUAAAUAGUUAUUAACGUAGCCGCUAUAAACGAGAUUGAAAAGAAGAAAACGCAGUUUUUAUCAACAAUAAUAAUUAAAAAAUAUUAAGGCAUGGGUACGGUAUUGAAAAAUAAUCUUACACGGAAAGAACGAUUUUGCUAAAGUGUAAAAGAAUUUAGUUAGAUACCGAUCUAAAAUUAAUUUUGUUAGGCCAUCAAAAUAAUUACGUAGGACAUUCAAUCAUAAUGAGCAAGGUUGUAAAAUGUCUUCAUAUUCUGGCAAGUAAUUUGAUUGUCCUGCACAAAUGUUUUGAUGGCCCAACAAAAUUAUUUAUCAUGUCUGUGCGCAGCUAAAUACUGUAAGAUUUCCAAGCAUAACUCCGAAUCAUAAGGACUGAAAUCAGACUGUUAAUAUACAAGAAACAAACACCAAGAUGCCAGUGGAGCCUUGGUCUAGCAGUGAGGGCACUAGUUGUCGGAAUGAGGGUUCCCACGUUCAAACCCAUCUAAGCUCCUUUAUUUUUCCACUAUUUUACAGAUCAACAGAAAUUAUCUUACAAUACUAUUUUUAGACUUCAGCAAAACCAUUUUUAUGUAUCCUCAUCCGAAACUAUGCACAGCAUACAUAUUAAUGCACACUUUGUUCCAAUUGAAUUGUGCACAACGUUGCAUUUUGUGUAUUCCUGCGUGCGUAUGUGUCAAGAUGUGUGAAGCAAUUGGAGAGCACCCAUAGAUAAUCUGAAACAAGUCAAAUUUUACAAGAUGCUUUAUUAUUAAGGCUCCUGUCUACUCGCCGCGGACAUAUUGAAAUCGUAACGUCAAAAGCGUGAAAUGACACGUAAUUUUGUCCGAUGUGUCAUUUGUAAAUAAAGACAAUUUGGAUAAAAUAAACUAAUCAGAUGACUUUAAAUUCUUUAAAACACUUGUACAAAUGAGUAAAGACUACCUUUUUUCGCCUAAUAAUCAGUAAAUAAUCGUAAAAAGCACGUAAAGUGACGUCUAUUCAGACAGGAAAACUUCUCGGAUAGUUAUUGAAAGGAGGGAAAAAUAUGCUUUUAUGUAUAAAAUGUUUCAAAAAAACUUUACUUGCGGUCCAUUUUUACGAAUUUCGUAAAUACAUUUUCACAAUGAAACACAUAAUAACAAAAUGACAUGCACGAUAACAUCUCAUCGUCAAUCUGUCACGUUUCACGAGUAUUAGUUCUAAUUUUAUCCGCGACUGAAUGUCGCUACCGUUAACGCGGAGUUCUCGGCUGAGGUGCCAGGAGCCUUAACUCACAUUCCAUAGAUGGUUUGUGUGUAUGAGUAAGCAAGCAAUUGUUAUUAAUGAAAAAUUGUUAAUCGCAAAAAUAUUAAUCACAUCAAUCAUUACUGAUAAAAAAUGUGAUAUCGCGUAGUUAUUUAAUCAACUAAAAGCAACUGGACAAAUGAGAAGCUUUAGGGGUACCCCCAGUAGACAGUGAAUGCUGUCGCAGGAUAAGAUAGUGCGUAAGUUAUCACUUAUUCGCAGUUCGCAGUCUGUACAUAAGUAUAUCUAAAGACAGUGAGAAAGAGAGAGGAAGAACGAGAAUGUUUAUGUGCGCGAAAAAAAAAUUGAAUGCAAUGAAAGAUGAAAAAAGAUUUCGCAAGAGUGUGACAAAGACAGAAAAGUCGAGAUAUCGAGAUGAAUUCUUCAGUCGUUGGGUCAAGAAAAGUAUGUAUACGUAUUAAACCGCAUUUUUGCCAAAGAAGAGCUCAAAAUUACAUUGUUCGUCGCGAUAAUCUUUCCUUUUUUUUCUUCUAACGAAAGCUUUUAUCUUUUUGUAACGACAAAGUAGAAAAUUCUAUUUUAUUACGAAGAACGCGCGAUAUGUAAGAAGAUUAUUUAUCAAGACUUAUAAAGUCGCUUUUAAAGUGAUUCGGGGGCGCUUACAUUCAUCUCUAAUGUCGACUUUCAAUUCGUGAGCUAUCUCGCGCGCAGAUGUCCUAAAUAUUCCGUUAGCUACGACAUUGCCUUGUAGAUUCUUAUCUAGGAUGUCGGGGAGAGAAAGGAUUUCUCUUAUGAAAGAGUCCUCGGGACGAAACAGGGUAGAGAAUAGAAUCGAGGUGAAAAGAAAGAAAGAGAGAGGCGACGUGGAAAAUAAUAUCUUCGAUUUACGGCAGAGAGAAAGAGAGAGAGAGAGAGCCAAUCGGCGUUAUUUUCAUUUUGUAUCUUUCACAUUUGUCGUAUUCUGUGUAUUCUUUAAUUUUCACAGAAAUAAUUUGAGACUACUAUUAAAGUAAUUAUUUGACAAUUCGUAAGUGCCACAUUUCGUAUUGCAAUAGAGGAUGUUAACGGAUGAUAAAAGAAGGAAUCAAAUGUACAAUAAAUAAUACACAAUAUAUUAAUUAAUGACGAUAUACAACAGAUGAAUAUAUACAACAAUAAUAUUACUGUCGAGGCAACGUUUUUUUUUCCAUUAAUUAAGAGAAUUAAGUGCGAUAAUUUUACAUUUUACAGAAGAGCUAUUUGAAUUUCGAGACUUUUGUGAUAGAAUUUAAUAUAAUAAUUUUUUUUUUUAUGAAACUAAUAUCGCCACUCAGCCUUUGAAAGCUCAAGGUUAAAGCCAAUCUCGUGUUAGGUCGUACGUUUUAUUAAAUUAUUAAAUUAAAUAUAAGGAUCAGUCGAAACUCGUCUGUUGAUAAAUUAACGAGCCAUAAGUACUACUGCAGUCUUGUUCACAGAAUGCUAUAUAACAGUUUUAACGGCGUUUUACGUUAGUUAGUUUUUCGUACAGGAAAUAAAAGCACUAUAUGCUCUCUUAAACAGACAAAUUUAUUUGUAAAAUUAUGUAAACUGUUUUAAAAUGCUUCGGCUAAUGAACGCUGCAACAACUGGAACUAAUUACUAACAGGAAUGUUUAUCAUUUUACUCUCUCACAUUCAAAGCGUUGUUUAAGAGCGUCUACGUGACGCAAGUUGUGUUGCACAAACGCGCAGCUUCCGAACAAUUGUUAGAAUCUCCCUUUAGUUUUCUUUCUCUUCCGGAAGUUGCCUUUUUUUUCUUUAUAUAUUCCGUCAUCACACAGAUUUCCGAGAUACCAUUGCACGUUUCCUUUCCAAACUUAUAGGAACUUUAAUCGUGAUCGAAAACUUGAAAAAAUUUUCUACGAAACGAACGCUGCGAUUCGACCAAAGCUAAAGAAUUAAUUUUUGCGAAUAGGAUGUUAAUCGUAAUCGACUCUUGCACAAAUUACGCACUCGCACGCAACUCGCGCAUACGAAAGGGAGGUAUAGAAGGGCAAGGGCAUCGAAGAAGCGAAUGAAUGAAAGGAGAACCGAGCGCGCGCCGCGCAAGGACGAUAAUUAAUGACCAUCGUUUGGUCCUCUCCAGUUCUCAUUCGUGUAUUUCAGCGGACAAAUCUAACGUUGCACAACUAACUGAGACGAAUUGCCGAGAGUGAUCGUGAGUGCGAUUAUUCAUGAGUGUGUAUCAGCGAGUGAACUGUACGUGUGGGCGCGUGUGUACGUACGUGUAUGUAUGUAUGUGUGUGUGUGUGUGUAUGUGUGCACAAGAGAGGAUAGAAAGCAAACGACGAUGCGCAAGUAAAUAUAAGUAAGAGAUCACGAUGUACGAUCGAAUUGUAAUCGAGUAAAGUUGAUGUUAUUUAAAGUAACAAGAUGCCAA